AUGCUCAAGUAUUCACAAUUGUUAUGGUCAUCACUAUUGGUGGUGCUUUGCUGCUUAUCAUUCGUUAAGGCUGAUCAAAAAGUUUCAAUCAAUAUACCUUCAUUUGCUAAAGAGUGUAUUUAUAACAAUUUAGAUAAUGAUGAUCAUGCUUUAAUUAUAAAUUAUCAAGUUUUACAAGGUGGUAAUUUUGAAUUAGAUUUUGAAAUCACAUCUCCAAAAGGUGAAACUAUUAUAAAGCAAACUAAUGAAAAAUAUGCUGAUUUCCUUUUGAAAACUUUUGGAUUAGGUGAAUAUACUUUUUGUUUUUCAAAUCCUUAUAAUACUUUGAAAAAAGUUGAAUUUUCAAUUGAAUAUGAAAAUAAAGAAAAUAAAGAACGUUUAUCAAAUGAUAAAGAUUCAAUUGUUUCUGAACAUUCUUUAUCUGAAAUUGAUAGAAAUGUUGUUAAAAUUGCUAAAAUUAUGGAUUAUUUAAGAGCAAGAGAAUGGAGAAAUAUGUCAACUGUUCAAUCAACUGAAUCAAGAAUGGUUUAUUUAUCAAUUGGUAUCAUAGUAUUAAUGGUUGCAAUUAGUUUUGGUCAAGCUACAAUUGUUCAAUUUUUAUUUGAAGGUCGUACAAAAACUUAUGUUUAA